UUAGUUACGUGAUUUACCAACGUCCUGCUUUUGUAUUACCACAACUCUUUUACAUUAUGCCUCAUAACUUGAAACUAAAGGAGCUCAUUUGUAUGAUAAGGAACUGCAAAACAGCUGCUGAAGAAAGAAACGUCGUAUCUAAAGAAUGUGCCCAAAUAAGAACUGCAUUUAAAAAUGAGGUUUUGGAAUACCGAACUCGGAAUGUAGCAAAGAUCUUAUAUCUUUAUAUGCUUGGCUAUCCCGCUCACUUUGGACAACUAGAAGUUUUAAAGCUCAUCUCAUCCUCUCAAUUUCUUGACAAAAGGUUGGGCUAUCUCGGAGCCAUGUUGCUACUGGAUGAACAAAGCGACCUUCAGCUUUUGCUUACUAACUGCUUGAAAAGUGAUCUAAAUUCUCGCUUCCACUACGUAACUUGUACUGCUCUCUGUACACUUGGUAAUAUCUGCUCAACCGAUAUGGCCAGAGAUUUAGCUGUUGAAGUGGAAAACUUACUUAAAAGUCAUAAUAGAACUAUUGUGAAAAAGGCUGCUCUUUGCGCCUGUCGUCUUGUCAGAAAAUCUCCAGAAUUGGUCGAGAAUUUUCUUUUUCUCGUGGAAGAUUUGUUGGAUGAAAGAUAUCACGGGCUCAUGCUAACAGGCGUUACUCUUCUAAUUGAAAUGUGCUUAGUUAGUAAAGAAGCCUUACAGUUCUCCUAUAAAUUACUUGGAAAAAUUAUUCGCAUUUUAAAAAUGCUUCUAACCUGCGGGUAUAGUCCGGAGAAUGAGAUUGGCGGAAUCACUGAUCCUUUUCUUCAAGUAAAACUUAUUCAACUUUUGGGCGUUCUUGGUCACGUGAACCCUCAAGCCUCUUCGGAAUUGAACAGUGUUCUUACUCAGGUUUCUUCCCACACCCAAUCGUUCAAAAACGCAGGAAAUGCAGUACUUUAUGAAACUGUUCGCGCCAUUUUCAAAGUCAAGGCAGAUGACGAGCUUAAAAUUUUUGCUAUAAAUAUUCUCGGGCGCUUUCUUUCUGGCAAUGAUAAGAACAUCCGUUACAUCGCUUUAAAUUCUUUGAUUCGCUGUGUGCACGUGGAUAUAAAAGCCGUUCAAAGGCACAGAGACACGAUUAUUGAGUGCUUGAAGGAUCUGGACGUCUCCAUUCGCCGGCGAGCUCUUGAGCUUUUGUUUGUGCUGAUCAACCGAGACAACAUUGGCUCCUUGACUCACGACAUCCUUCAAUUUUUGCACGUGUGCGAGUCGGAAUUCAAGCCGUACAUCUGCACGCAACUUGUUCGAGCUUGUUUGAAGGACGCCCCGAGUGGCCGCUGGUAUGUCGAUACGGUUUUGCAAUGUCUUAAACUGGCUGGGAGUUAUUUUGAACCGGAACUCGUAUGCGAAGUUAUUCGUUCCUUUGGAUCUCUAUCAGAACUACACUCAUAUAUUUCUAGAAAUCUUUUUUUAUUGCUCGAGGACGAUAUUAGUGCGCAACCUGUAGUACAAAUAUCCGUUUGGUGUAUCGGAGAGUUCGGAGAAGUUUUACCGACCCCCAGUGUGAAGGACGAACCCCACGUGACGCCUACCGAAGAGACGAUUAUUGAUUUGCUGGAGUCUAUUCUUCAGUCCUCUACCACAUCUUCACUAAGCCGCGAGUACCUUCUAACUGCCCUUGCAAAGCUGUCUGCCCGGUUUCCCGCCACAACCAGGCGGAUACGGGCGAUAAUGGAGCCGUUUACUUCCCACAUAGAUGUUGAACUCCAGCAGCGGUCCCUCGAAUAUGUGUCAUUAUUUGAACAACAUGCAUUGAGAGACGCGAUACUUGAACGAAUGCCAUUGCAGUGCGCCGAGGAAAGUCGUUUGGGUAAAGAGGAAGCUUCUCUUACUUAUAAAUCUGAAAGCAGGCUUUCCGCUCACUCGCCACUGGAUCAGCACGACACUAAAAAAGUAUCGGAAGCUACCAGCGAUUUACUUGCAUUGUUUGGCUCUGAUACUGGCCGGCCUGCCUUUUCAACCGUUCACAACGAGGAGACUUCAGCCACACCUGGCAGACAGCCUACUGCAAACUCGGUUGGCGGACUCUUAAGCUUGUUCGACGAACCCACCGCGUUGUCCGCAGCUGACGGAAUAAACGUUUAUCGCCACGAAGGCAUUGAGAUCCGAGUCCAAUCACUCUCUAGUUCAACCGAGGAAAGUACUUUUCUUGCUCGAAUCUCUAAUGCGGGACCGUUUGCAGCUGAAAGUUUUGUAAUGCAGAUUGCCGUGCCAAAGUCAAUGAACUUGAAGUUAUAUCCUGCGUCCAGUAACUAUAUUCCUGCUAAUACUUUAGAAACAGUUACGCAGAAAUUUCAAAUAUUUAAUGCUUCAAAGCAAACACUUCGAUUACGAAUAAAAGUUUCCUACGUUUUGAAUGGAAAGCGAAUUUGCGACAUCCAGGACGUUAACGAACUUUCAUAA